AUUGAUUAAAUUUUAUUGUUUGGUUAAUAAAUUUGUUAUUUUGUUAUCAUUGAUAUAAGUCAAGAAUAGUCAGAGAAAGUUGGUUAAGAAUAAAAAAGAUAAUUACCUGCCCUUUCUAACCCAGAAAAUGUGUUUCAAUUAUAAUAACAUUUAACGAAGAAAAAGAAACAAUUAUUUUUAUUCCAUAUUUGUAAACAUUUUCAAUAAUCAAAUUAAAAAGUUAUCAAAAUGGAUUUGUUAGGUUCUAUUUUAAAUUCAAUGGAUAAACCUCCUAGUUUAAGCGAAAAACAAAAAACAUUAAUAAGAAGACAAAAGGAAGAAGUUGAAAAACGACAAAAAGUUGAAAAAGAAAAGCUAAGAAAGUUUAAAGAAAAUGUAGAAGAAAGAAUUAAUAAACAUUUUGAAGAUAAAUAUAAUAUUGAUAUGAAAUUUGAACCAAUGGAUAAAAUCCAACGCACUAUUGUUCAUGACCUAGCAGAAUCUGCAGGUUUUUUAUCAUAUGCAUUUGGUGAGGAUGGUGUUGAUCGACAUGUACGUAUUUAUCGUAAAGAGAAUCCACCAUGUGACGAUGAAUUGUCUGCACGACGUAGAGGAGAAGAAUGGAAUGAUGAAAUAAAGCAACAUGUUAUGGAAAGAAGAGAACAAGAGAAACGAAAUCAAGCAAUAGAAAGACGUCGAAAACCUGAAAUAAUAAUGCCGAAUUCAAAUUAUAAGGAUAAAUAUGCUCAUUUAAUUGGACAAGAUUCUGCAUUGGAAGCAGCUAAGAAAACCGAAACAAAUAAAACUUAUGGUUUUGUUCCCAGCGAAAAUAAAAAAGAUAUUCGAUCAAUCGAACAAACAAUGGCCGAUAUUCAAGCUAAAAAACGUUUGAAAACUGACCAUAAUUCAACGUCUAAAUAAUUUUCGCUUUAGUUUUUUUUAUGGAUGUUAUAUUUUUCGAAAUGUUACACUGUAAUCGCUAAUUCUCUCUAGUUAUCUUUUUUUAAGAAUAUUAUUUUUAGAUAAACGGGUAACAAAAAAUUAUAAUAACUAAAAUUGCUUGAAUUCUAUUUUGGAUUGUUAAAUCUAGGUUAGAGAUGACUACUCUAGAUAGAUAGUAGCUUUUCUUUAGGUAAAUAAUGCUAUACUUAUUCUUAAUCUUUGAAAAUAAAUAACCUAAUUUAAUUUUGAAUGAAAGUAUUUUUCUGGCAGAUACUCUUUUUGUCAAGAGAUGAAUACAGUUUUAUAUUUUAAGAAGAAAGGUUCAUCAAAUCACCAAUUUUGUCAAAUUUAGUAUAAAUAAAAUAUAAAAAAAUCAAAUGAAACGUAUUUGUCUUCAUCCGUUAGAUGUAAUUUAAUAUUCUACGCGUUCAAAUAGGCCUGCCACUUAAAAGUUCCGAGAAGUCGGGAAAUAGUGAAAUUAUAUUACUCGAAUCAUCGAACUGUGCGAUAUUUUUUAUUUUUAGUACAUACAGUUUUUCUCGAACUAAAAAUUUAAAUAAAUCCCCUUCCAAUAAUUUAAAAUGAAAGCUGCUCAGAACUGUCGAAUUUACCUGAUUAUGAAACAAAUAAUAAAAAAAAUAUCCUUAUUUACUGAACUGAAAAACUACACGAUUUCUGAAGUCUCUCGAUCAAAUUUGCAGAGGUGAUAACCCUACGUUAAAAGCAUGCAAAAUAUAAUAAAAGAGUCUUCGUUCAUGUAUGCCGUAUUUUCUUCUUAAGUGCCCACUACCCGACUCACGGUUAUGGAGCUCUAUGGUGUUCCGUUGAUAAUAUAACUUUGUUGUGUUUUGUGAAAAUCUUAUUUUAACACAAUAGUGGAAGCGAUGGGAAAGCAUACAUAAUUACAUACAUUCAUUCAUUAAACUUAUACUGAACACAGUGUUACACGUUUGACUUCUUUCAAACGAAGUAUCUGUUCGUGGGGGGUGGUGAAAAUCUGAAAUAGGCUCCCUAACUGAAAAGCGAAGCAUUUCGAUGGAUAAUAAGGAUGUAUGAACCGUUAGUAUGCAUAUAAAACAAAAUUCACAAUGAGAUGUGAGAAUCGAUAAACUAUUCCUUCGACCUUCGCGACCGCAUCGUUGAGUGUGUAAAUUUACGCUCAACGAUUAACUAAUUAAUGUUUAAACUGAACAAUUAUUAAAAGUUUCGACUAGAAUGGAAUUUUUAAAAGCUCU